UUCCUUAAAGUGCAAUGUUUAACACAUAAGAAUUAGUUUUGUUUUUAAUUUAGGUUGAUAUAGUGAUGCUAAAUAUAUAUGUUUUUUUUAUUUGAAGAGAACCAGUAAAUUUAGAUGUUACCAUAACUAAUGUUAAUGCAUUGAACCUGAAGUGUUAUUCAUUUUCAAAUGUGUUGUUUCGAGGCAAUACACAUACCAGUCGACUGCAGCAUCUGAGAGACCCCGGAGAUGGAGCUUCUACCCCUGAGUAUGAUGAGUCCCGGGGCUCCCCUUCGUCUCCAAGCAGACCCUUUGUGGCUCCAGCGCCAAUCCGUGGAGGAGCAGGUGGAGCUGUGGUGGUUCAACGAGCCGCAUGUGUCUCUCCUGUGCUACUGCUUUUCAGUGGCCAUGGUUCUGAGCCUGGGCUCGGCUGGCGUGGGGCUCCUCUCGACUGCCUCCUCCGCCGCGGGGCCCUCGGUGCUGUGGCGCUUGGGCGUAGGUUCUACUCUCUGUCUCCUGGCACUGGUGGUCCUCAUGAAGCAGCUGCUCAGCUCUGCAGUGCAGGACAUGGGCUGCAUACGCAGCCGCAGACGCAUCGAGCAGCUGCGCAGUGGAGGAACGGUGGAUCCCGUGCUGUUGCUCUUCUCUGGUUUGGCACUGGUGGUGUGUGGGACUACACUUCUCAGUCUCACUCAGCUGGACAUGCUGCUCUCUGGCGUGACCCUCCUGGCCAGUGGGGGUGCUGUGGUCCUAGGUGUGAUGGCAUAUGGAGUGAUGGUUUAUGUGCAAGGAAGGAGAAACACGAGAAGGCGAAGACGACGAAGGGUGAGAGUGUAUACAGUGAUGGGGCAAAGGAACCGACCAUGGAGGGAUUCAACUUCCAGUCAGUCGAAUUUGUUGUGAAAGGAGAACAGAGAAUUCCAUCUGGCUCUGGUUCCUACAUGAUAUUAAGACCUAUUUGCACAAACUGGUGUGUAAAACACAAUAGGAGCUUCAUUCGUGCUCAUUUUACACCUGUUAUACCUGCAAUUUGGCUAGAAGACUUAUUUAUUGGCAAUCAAACACCUCCAAAUCAAAUGUUUGCUUUGCCAUUUCUCAUUUUGCAUCUCGACUUAUGAGUACCAGGCGAUGGAACUUAUAUUUGGAAGUCAAAAUGAUCAAGUAUGAAUGGUCCAUAUGGAAAUUAAUCACACUUUCUUAAGUCACACUUUCACUUUAAUCUUGAAUUGAAUACCUGGUUUACCCUUGUUCAACAAAGUUCACUCCCUUGAAUUCCAUAUCCCAGACUGCAAUGCGUUCAACUUUACCAUGCAUUUCCAAUCCGAUAAAUGAACAGAAACUUCUAGCACACUUGUAUCCAAAUUGUACUUUUCUGGAGAAGGGUAUAACUGCAGCCUGGAGAUCUCCAAAUAGGGGCGGGAACUCCAAAUCGGGGUGGGAGCUCCAAAAUAGGGCGUGGCUUCCUCCCAUUGAGAGACGGGUGCAUGACACGCAUGCACAAUUUCUCCCCCAAUCCACUUGAGUGCAAACUCCACCCCACAGAUGUUUCUGAAGUUUUUAUUGGUUGUGUCAGUUAAAGUGUUUCUUAAAAUAUGCAAC